UGCGCCAUAUUGGCAAUCUCCUCCAUCUCGCCAAACGUCGAGCAUGCAUGCCUCUAACCGGUUACUGAGGAGACAUCUAUAAAUAUUUACAGCCACCUGUGAACCCACGCAACAAACCAUGGAGGCUGUCAAAGCCUUUAACAACGAGCUGUACUCGUUGAACGAGUACAAGCCGCCCAUCUCCAAGGCCAAGAUGACUCAGAUCACCAAGUCUGGAAUCAAAGCUAUAAAAUUCUACAAACAUGUCGUCCAGAGUGUAGAGAAGUUCAUACAAAAGUGCAAACCAGAAUACAAGGUUCCGGGCUUGUACGUCAUCGACUCCAUUGUCAGGCAGUCACGACACCAGUUUGGCACAGAGAAGGACGUAUUUGCCCCACGCUUCAGCAAGAACAUCAUCCCUACAUUCCAGCACCUCUACCGCUGCCCUUCAGAUGAUAAGAGUAAGAUUGUGCGAGUCCUCAACCUAUGGCAAAAGAAUGCCGUCUUCAAGAGUGACAUCAUCCAACCCCUGCUGGAUAUGGCAGCAGGGAUCGCUCCCCCCAGUGUCACCCCCGUCAUGCCGAGCAGUGCCGCCCCGGUCAACAACACUACACCUGGUACCCCGGCUACUCCGGCCACUCCGGCCAACUUAGUCCAGGGUCUGCCUGACUGGGCCUCCCAGAUUAACAACACAGACACUGUUGCAGCUGUGGCGCAGAUCCUGCAAAGCCCCCAGGGACAGCAGUUGCAGCAGCUGGUACAGAGUCUUCAGAUGCAGCAGCAGAAACCCCAGCCGUCCCUGCUGCAGGCCUUGGAUGCCGGCUUAGUGGUGCAGUUGCAGGCUCUGACCGCACAGCUCACCGCUGCUGCCACCGCCAACAGCCUCAACCCCCUGGAGCAGAGGGUCUCCUCUUUUAAUAAAAAGCUUUUGGGUCCUUUUGACUUUGGGAACGAUAACGAACGUGGCGAAGAAUCUAAGAAAGACAGUUCAUCAUCUCAGUUGCCGAUGGUGUCUGAGCCCAUCAACAGCUCCCUCUUCCACCAGUUAGCCGAGCAGCUCCAACAACAGAACCUGGAGCAGUUUCAGAAGCAGCUGCUCGAGCACCAACAGCACCAGCAGAAGGCUAUGAGCAUUGAAGGGCAGGACUCGAUGUAUGGGCAGGAAAACUCUGUGACUGCUCAGAGCAGCAGCCAGCCGCAGCUUCCUGAGCCAGAGAACAAGAUGGACGACUCCAUAGAUAACCAGCAGCAGGACAUGGACCUGGAUGAGGGCCCUGAUGGAAUGGAGGAGGAGAGCUUUGAGGCUGAGGAAAAGAAAACUGCUAGCAAACGCUCCAGAACACGCUCAAGGUCACACUCGAGGUCUCCCAAGAGGAGGCGGUCCAGGUCCCGCUCCGGCUCACGGAAACGCAAGCACCGCAAACGCUCGCGCUCACGCUCCAGAGAUCGCAAGAGGAAGUCGUCGCGCUCUUACUCGAGCGAGAGGCGCGCCAGAGAGCGGGAGAAGGAGCGGCAGAAGAAAGGCCUGCCCCCCAUAAGGUCCAAGACUCUAAGUGUGUGCAGUACGACUCUGUGGGUGGGCCAGGUGGACAAAAAAGCCACUCAGCAAGAUCUUACCAAUCUGUUCGAAGAAUUUGGCCAGAUUGAAUCCAUCAAUAUGAUCCCUCCCAGAGGCUGUGCCUACAUCUGUAUGGUCCACAGACAGGAUGCGUACCGUGCUCGCCAGAAGCUCAGCACCGGCUCCUUUAAGAUCGGCUCCAAAGUCAUCAAGAUCGCGUGGGCUCUAAACAAGGGCGUAAAACAGGAGUACAAGCAGUUUUGGGACGUGGACCUGGGUGUUACCUACAUACCUUGGGAGAAGGUGAAGCUGGAUGAUCUGGAUGGUUUCGCUGAAGGAGGAAUCAUUGACCAGGAGACUGUGAAUGAUGAGUGGGAAGCAGCCAAGAAUGCUGAGCCAGUGAAGGAAGUCGCAAGUCAGCCAGUAAGCGCAGAGACUACAGCUGUGUCCAACACUCAGACUGAGACCUACAGCCAGCAGGUUACCAUGAUGCCUGUGCAGCUGCCGGUGGCACAGGCUGUUCCCAGUGCAGUAGGUUUGGUGCCCCCGAAUUUCCCCGUCACCAUGAGCAUACCUCCGCCAGGCUACGGGCCGCCACCGCCCUUCAUAAGAGCCGGCUUCAAUGCCACGCAGCCUCCGCCAGGUUUUAUGCAGGCAGCACAGGCGGGUACUACUUCUCUGGUGCAGCCUUCAUUGGCGAACAGCCAGGAAGCUGUCAAGGAAUCCCCGUUUAGCGCUAUGAUCCCUCCGACCAGCACCAUCCCUGGCAGCUUCAUGCCCUCGGCCAUCCCCGGGGCUGGUGUAUUCAACCCAGUGGGAGUCCAACCUCAGCAAGUUGGUCAUGAGAAAACAGCUCAGUCUGCAGAUGGGUUGGAUGCCGCAGAGCUCACACUGCAAGGCAUGCAGAACGCAGUCCGCAGUGGGAUGGGUCUUCUUGGCAUGCACCCGUCUGCUUCCCUCACCCACCCGCUACAUCAGUCCGCUCUGAGCGGGCAGAGAAUGCCCGGCCUGUUGCCUCUCGACGUGCGGCCUAACCUUCUUCAGGCAGGGGCUGCAGCCCGCUUCCCUCUCCUCAUGCAGCACGGCCCUGCUGCUGGCCUCCUCGACGCCUCCCUCCAGGCUCAGGCACGUGCACGGGCUCCUUUCCCUCAGAUGGACCCCUUCAACCGGGCCCCGAAUCUCACCAAUGAGAACGUAGCCAAGAAAGAAGAAGAGUCUUCUUCUGGGGCUGACGAGGGCAAAGACCAGGACUAUCGCUUUCCCCCGAUGGAAAAGCAGAGCACAGGCCUACUGAGGACCCCUCCACCAGAUCACAGGGACUCCCUCGGAGGUGGAGCAGCAGGCCGGCCCCCUUUGCUCCAGACUCCGGGGGCAGCCAGGUCCAGCCUGGUAGGACGUCUGCAAGCGCUCGCAGGCUUUACUCCUGAUAAUCGCUGGAACCAAGCCAGGGGGGACUUUGACGAGCGAGAUGGUAUCCGAGGUGGCCCGCAAGCUCCUGGUGGUCCAAAGGGCUUCCAGGAGGAGCGACCAACACCUGGGCAGAAUUUUCCCAACCGCUUUGACAGCCGUCCUGGGACAGCAGGAGCUGCUGGGGCUCCUGGAAAUGCAGGAGCUGCUGCGGGGCCACAGAACUGGAACCGAGGAGGCGGCGGCGGAGGUGGUGGCGGCGGUGGUGGUGGUGCUGCUGCCCCAGCACCUUUUGACAGUGAACUACAUCAAGACCUAGACGAGCGAAGACGCCCGUGGGACAGGCAGAGAGACAGAGAUGAAAGAGAUUUUGACUUCAGAAGGGAGAUGAACGGGAACCGCCACAGCCGCGAGAGGGAGAGGGAGCGCGAGAGGGAGCGUGAGAGGGAAAGAGACAGAGAUCGAGGCAGAGAUCGCAGCAGGGACUUUGAACGUGACAGAGACCGCGACAAAGAGAGAGACCGCGAGAGGGAACGUGAACGUGGUGGUUGGACACCUCUUCUUCCACUCCCCACUCCCCUUCUUCCAACGCCGACUCUCAAUCCUAAUCUGACCCUGAACCAAGGCAAAUUACUCUCACCACUUAAAUUAAACCCCCAGAUGCAGUCACGUUUCCAGUCUCCCCUCCUGCCUCAGCUUCAGGGCAAACCUUCCCUCAUGGGUUUGAACCAGCCUCUCCCGCCAGUUCAGAUCAAGACUCCGCCUCCCUCACAGAGCUCUGCUGCUGCUGCACCCGAGCCCCAGUCAGAAACCGCAGCUCCGGUGUCUGAGACACCUGAGGCGCAGUCGCCACCCUCGACCCAAUCACCUGAGCAGUCACCUGAGCAGUCACCUGACCAAUCACCUGAUAACAAGAGUCAGAGCCCAGUGACUGAGGCUCCCAUCCAGGCCCAGUCAUCACCAUCAUCAUCAUCAUCAUCACCACCACAGUCAGAGACCCCUCCUCAAUCAGAAUCACAAUUCCAGCCCACAGUCCAGUCCCCCUCCAAAUCCGUCUCCUCUCCAGACACUGAGACCCCAAACCAAGCCUCACCACUGGUUGAGGCGUCAUCCCAGGACUCACCCGUGGCCUUCACAUUAGCCCCCGUCAGCCCCCGCGAGGAGACGACCCCCUCUCCGGAGGAGCGGGAAAGUUCGCCGAAGAACGAUGACGAGUCGGAAGACUCCAGAGAAUUCUCGGUCCAACAGCAGUGGCUCAACGGACCCGGGCUGGACAAUAGCAAUGUGGCUGAGCCCACACCAGAGGGCUCCCCCGAGUCCUCCCCAGUCCCCUUCUCUGAUUCUGUGCGCCCAGAAAGUGAACCGGAGCAGCUUGCUUCGCCCAAGGACGUAGACAAUGAACAGAGUGAGCCCGCGGAGGAAGCUGCGAGUCAGCCAGUGGUAGACACUGUCACAGACACUGAGGGGACAUAAUCAUCACUCAGUAGGUAAAAGAUCAUUUUGUAAAGUUGUCUCUUCUUCUCUGUACUCAUGUCAGCAAACCCAACACCACCACUACCACACGGGACAUGAUGAAUACUGACUCCCACCAGUUACUGUCUUGAUAACCAAUAACACAUGAUUUUAUCUCUCACAAAUACCAGUGUACUUAACUAGAAGAACUCAUUUAGCUGAUUUAUUGGUAGAACUUUUGUUUGUAUUUUAUUUCCUUUCCUUUUUUAAGUUGUAAUGCCACCCCGCCCAUCCUCCUCCUUCUCCUCCUUCCCUUUUUAAUAAUUUUAUCAGAU